AUGAAGUCCGAAUGUCGAGGAAGAAUCGACGCAAAUCGGGUACGAAAUCUUACAGAAUUGACAAAGGUGUUUCGGGAAAACAAAUGGGUUAGCCAGCCACACGUUGCGUUGCGGCUUGUGGCCUCCGUUGAGGAGUGUCUCAUUUUGGCCUACAAUUGGAGAACAGAAAACGACAAACAUCUCAAGGCUGCGACCGAGAUCUUGUAUGAUGCCGCGCUUAUCAGCAUUGAAAGAGUGAAGAACAAAGCUGUACUUGGCGACGGAUUGUUGUCAAUUCUUGUGAACUUGGUGUGCAUGUUUGUCGAUAUCAAGGAGCGGGAUAGAACAUACUUUGUGUUGAAUAGACUUCUUGGGCUUUCUCAGAACAGAAAUUUGUUCGCUUUGCUGGUAACAAAAAACCAGAGGGUGGUGUUGGUGGCAGAUCUUGUUAUCUUCAACAUCGACUUAAUCCACUGCUAUUGUUGCAAACACAAUCCCUCUGCGUUGCAAACGGUGCUGCGUUCUGUUCUAUUCUGUUUGGGCAUUUUCGCUGAUUCAGAGGCUCUUGAUCAUUUCCACUCCCUCACUUGGUGA